ACAGGGUUCCCAGUAACAGAGCAGUCCCACUCUCCCGGAUGAGCUGGAGAAGUAGCUACCUCUCGCAGACAGAGUUGGGGUCAAAUUCAUGCACAUCCAAUUCCCAUCAAAUCCCACUCUUCCCAGGGCUUGCUGGGAGGGAAGGAUAACUGCAGGCUCCCCUGGGAUGCCCCCAAGUGAGGGAAGUUCACAGAGUUUGAGACAGAGGUGAAUGGACAGGUGUGCUUCUUAGGGAAGCAGUCGAGAGGUGGCAAGAAGUUGGCAACUGCCCUCAAGACGAUCCUGGCACCAUGGACAAUGACAAGCCUCUUCAGCCUGAGACAGAAGAUGAGACUGAAACUGAGCCAGUACCACAGAGCAGUGAUAAAAUGCUCUACUGUGAGGCCGAACCCCCGCCAACUGUCGAAAAAGUGAAACCAGCCCGGGAGAAUUCGGAAACAGACCUGGAGAUUGAAGAUGAUGAGAAAUCUUUCACCACUGGACAAAAGGAGCUGUACCUAGAGGCCUGCAAGCUGGUGGGUGUAGUGCCUGUCUCCUACUUCAUUCGGAACAUGGAGGAGUCCUACGUGAACCUCAACCACCACGGCCUGGGCCCCAGGGGUACCAAGGCUAUUGCUAUAGCCCUGGUGUCCAACACGGCUGUUACCAAACUGGAGCUGGAAGACAAUUGCAUCACGGAGGAGGGUGUCUUGAGCCUAGUGGAGAUGCUACAAGAGAACUACUACCUCCAGGAGAUGAAUAUUUCCAACAAUCACCUUGGUUUGGAGGGGGCCAGGAUCAUCUCAGAUUUCUUCGAGAGAAAUAGUUCUUCUAUCUGGAGCCUUGAGCUUUCAGGAAAUGACUUCAAGGAAGAAUCUGCAGCACUGCUCUGCCAAGCCCUGUCGACCAAUUACCGAAUUAAGAAGCUGGAUCUCAGUCACAACCAAUUCUCUGAUGUAGCAGGGGAGCACCUGGGCCAGAUGCUGGCCAUCAACGUGGGGCUCACGUCACUGGAUCUGAGCUGGAAUAACUUCCACACAAGGGGAGCUGUGGCCUUGUGCAACGGUCUCCGGGGUAAUGUGACCCUGACAAAGCUGGAUCUCUCCAUGAAUGGCCUUGGGAAUGAGGUGGCUCUGGCCCUAGGGGAGGUCCUCCGACUCAACAGCUGUCUAGUCUACCUGGAUAUCGGCGGCAAUGACAUCGGCAAUGAAGGGGCCUCCAAAAUCAGCAAAGGACUGGAAUCCAAUGAAAGCCUCAGAGUUCUGAAGCUUUUCCUGAAUCCCAUAAAUAUGGAUGGGGCUAUUUUACUUAUCCUGGCUAUCAAGAGGAACCCCAAAUCCAGGAUGGAAGAGCUUGAUAUUUCCAACGUGCUGGUGUCCGAGCAGUUCAUGAAAACGUUGGACGGAGUGUAUGCCGUUCACCCGCAGCUAGACGUGGUAUUCAAGGCAGUACAAGGCCUCUCUGCCAAGAAAACCAUCUUCUUGUUGACAAACCCCAUGAAACUGAUCCAGAGCUAUGCAGACCAGCACAAAAUCACGGUCGUGGACUUCUUCAAGAGCUUGAACCCUACUGGGACAAUGAAGAUGUCUGUGGACAAGUUCCAGAAAGUGAUGAUAGAGCAAAACAAGGUCCCUCUGAACCAGUACCAGGUCAGGGAGGUGAUAAAGAAGCUCGAUGAGAAGACCGGCAUGGUGAACUUCAGUUUCUUGAACACAAUGAAGCCAUAGCAACAAGUCUGGUCUAGAAAGAAGUCUCGGCGAGAGGAGUCCUGGCAAGUCGGAUGGUGGCAGGGAGGGAGCAAGAGGUGGCUGAAAUCUUGAUGGACAGAUGCCGUGGCAGGGGCUGGGCACAAGCAAAUAAAGUCUGGCUUGGUUCUGGG